AUGUAUUCUAAACUUAGGGGUCCAGAGAAAAAGAAACUGCCGAGAGUCAUAGAGUUUAGCUCCUUAAACACUUUAUUGGAGGCUGAAAAGCCAACAAUCAUAUUCUAUCACACAGAAUCAUCGCUAAAGACAAAAAUGUAUCGCCUGGUUUUGUCUGAAAUUUUGCAGCUGUACGGGUAUGUUGUCCAUGCUAUACGAGACAUUUUUACUGUCGCAUAUACACGUGUACACAGAAAAAAUAUCGAUAUCGUUGAAACCAAAGUUGAUGUGUCAAAAGAAUCAGCAUUAGGAUCAGAGGUAAAGGCACCAGGAGGAUUCUUGUUCCAUUUGUUGAUUCCUGGGAAAGAACCCAUGAUUGCAAAUUUGGAUAACUUUUCCAGCGUAUCUUCGUUCAUUUGGCAAAUUACGAGUCUCUUGGCUCAGUUUGGAAUCAGAGUUACCGGAAAACCCCUGAGAAAACUCGAUUCGAAGGCGUCUACUCCACAAAAGUGCUUAGCUCUGGAUGACCCCGCUUUACACAAGGCGCUGGAGACUAGAGACGAUAUUGAUGACAUGAUCUCUCGGUGUAACGGAGUGAAAGACUCCGACGAUAUAAGUAUCCCUAGAUGA